AUGGCAAGCUUUUUCGACAUUAAGGCCAGGAAGGCGGCCGCUGCAAAUGGCACUCCAAACCCGGAAAAACAGACAAAGGAAACUCCCAGGGCGCACCCAUGGGUAGAGAAAUACCGUCCAAAGACCCUCAGCGAUGUUACAGCCCAAGAUCACACCAUUACCGUCCUCCAAAGGACAUUACAGGCUUCCAACCUCCCACACAUGCUCUUCUACGGCCCUCCAGGAACGGGCAAGACCUCGACCAUCCUUGCCCUCGCCAAGGAGCUCUACGGCCCCGAACUCAUCAAGUCCCGCGUCCUAGAGCUCAACGCCUCCGACGAGCGUGGUAUCUCCAUCGUUCGCGAAAAGGUCAAAGACUUUGCUCGCAUGCAGCUUACCAAUCCCUCCGCGGCUUACAAGGCGCGCUACCCAUGUCCACCCUUCAAGCUCAUCAUCCUCGACGAGGCCGACAGCAUGACGCAAGAUGCUCAGAGCGCACUGCGCCGCACCAUGGAGAUGUACUCGAAGAUCACCCGCUUCUGUCUUAUAUGCAACUACGUCACUCGCAUUAUCGAUCCGUUGGCGAGUCGUUGCAGCAAGUUUCGGUUCAAGAGCCUCGAUCAGGGGAACGCCAAGAAGAGGCUGGAGGAGAUUGCGCAGCUCGAGGGUGUCGGGCUAGAAGAGGGAGCUGUCGAUGCGCUGAUCAAGUGCAGCGAGGGCGAUUUGAGAAAGGCGAUUACGUAUUUGCAGAGUGCGGCGAGGCUAGUCGGUGCCGUGGCAGCUACAGGUAAAGACGGGGAGCAAAAAGAAACCGAAGGCGACGACGAAAUGGAAGUGGACGCCAAAUUGGUCACGGUCAAGGUCGUGGAGGAUAUCGCUGGUGUUAUCCCGGACGAUACCAUCCAGAGGUUACUCGAAGCGAUGCGGCCCCGCGCUGGGGUGGAUACGUACCCUGCGGUUGCCAAGGUGGUCGAGGAGAUGGUGGCGGAUGGUUGGAGCGCUGGACAGACCAUGACGCAGCUCUACCAGGCGGUGGUUUUCGACGAGAUGAUCCCGGAUGUGCAGAAGAAUAAGAUUGUUAUGGUGUUCUCGGAGGUGGAUAAGAGGCUGGUGGACGGCGCAGACGAACAUCUGUCCGUACUCGACCUGGCGCUACGGAUAUCGGGUAUCAUGGCUGGGAGGUAACGGCCAAAGCUUAAAGAGUCUGAAAGGGUACGACAGAAGCAGAUGGUUUAAAGAUAGGCGACAUAUCACUGGGUUAGGAGUUUCGGUUUGGGCAACAGAAAAUGGCAGGUCAUUUACAUCGUACUACAAGGUCAUAUUUUGGCGUUUCUAGUCCU